UGCUCCUCCCACCUUUUCAGCUUCAUGGAACUUCUCCCAUCCACUUGUGCCUUUCAUAUGAAACUCUAGUUGCCUGGUCUUUAACUCUUUAUCGGAAAAUCAGAGAAGAAAUCUUGUAUCGCUUCAAGUGCAUCUACCAUCGUAGCUUCCGCCGCCUUUCUAAUGGCCACCCUAGCUUGCACUGCGUUUUCUAAUGGCCUACGAAGAACCAACCCAUUUUGCGCAUUGCUGACUUUGGCGCUCUUCCUUGCCUGUGGAAGUUGCUAAGCAAGAAGGUCAAGGAAAUGAAGGUCUGGAGGACUAUAGCAAGUAUUACUAAGUGGAACAAUAGGCGGAUAAAGGCUCAGAUCGAGAACACCAAAUUCACAGUUUCCUUACUCUGUGUUGCGUGAAUGGAGGUAAUGGACAUCUCAUGUUGCGAAAGGAUGCAUAGAUGAGUAAAUGACUAUCCAAUAUCUUGCUUUUUCAUACCUGCGAUGGUGGUUUGGGAAACUUUGAACAUUAACCUUCUCUUUGCUUGCUUGGUCGUACUGAUUGUAAAUGUAUCUCAUUGAUUAUCUUAUGAUUGAGCUUUUAGAAUGCUUGAUGUUAUAUCAUCGUAAGUUGCAAGAUAAAAAGAUGGAAGUAAAAGAAAAGCUUGACAAGUAUUCCGAACAGAAGCUGUUGACAUUCUGCAUUGAACUAAAUAUACCUGUUCACCACUAUACAGCAAGGAAGGCGAGUUCAUAUCUUUUGCUGCAUGUUAGGUCUUUUUUAUUUGACUCAAGUAGUUCUUUCUUAAAUUAGUCAGCUGUAAUUUAUCUUAUGAGUGAAUUACAUAUCAAAAAGAGAAAGGGUCUUAAGAGUGAAGGCAUUGUUUUAAUCCUCAACUUGGCACUUCAUACUACGUGGAGAUUUGGCAUUUGUAUAUAAUCUUCCUUCCAAGUAUCUUAACUAAUUAAGAGUUCAUAUGCAUUAGGAGGACAUAGUGCCAAAGUUGAUGGACUUUUUGGAAGCUCGUCAUGGUACGACUGUUGAGUUGCUUGCUGAGAAGGAACAGUCAAGUAAAGGAAAGAAGCGCAGAAGAGAGAGCACAAAAAAUCCCUCAUCAGCAUCUGUUAGUUCGAAAGGUUCAGCCAAUGAGCCAAAAGAAGACCGAAACGGCAUCAGAAAAGGCUGCGAAGAAGAAUAAUGUAAAUGAGUCAGAAGAUGAAUCUGAGCAGGAAAAAGAUGCCGAUGAGGAGGAACCUGAAGAGGAAUCAACUAGCGGUGUUCCUGAUAAAUUGAGUCCAAGUGACUCUGAAUUUUGUAGUGCUUUCUCUGUUUCUUUUUAUCUUCUGGGGAUCUCAUCAUUCGAUGUGUUCUUCUCUAUAAUCCUUUUUGCUACACUAUUACGCCAUUGCAUAUUCGAGUUUUCAUAUAUCCAGAGUGGCAAGCGGUUUGGAACAGAUCUCACUCCCAGAAAAUCGCAUAUACGCAUUAUGAUCGGGUAUCAGCUUAUUCAGGUAGGUGCUGAGGAUGAUGAUAAUGAAGACUAAAUAAAACUUCAGCCUCAAAAGGGGACUGUCAUGUUCAGUGGGUAACUAGCAAUCACAAUGAUGAAAUCAGCCUCAUGACAAUGUACACGCUCGUGAUACGAUUGUUUGAUAAUAUCAUUGUGAUUUGCGAGUUUUAAACAAGUGUUGGUUGCUUUCAAUGUUCCCACUUUGCUUUUGCUCUGUUUUGCUCUUCCAUUUGUAAAUAGUGGAUCUCUUCUUGUAACUUGGCAUGUGCUGUUGCUGAAUGGCGGUGCCCAAAAUUAGCAUGCACACGCCAUUGUAAUAGAUGAUACCUCUUUAAACAUUU